UCUAAAAAUCCGCCUUUUUUGUAGAGGGAGUGUUUGGGUUAGCUUUAUUUAAAAACAUUUAUCCUCAACUUAAUUAAAAAGAUGUUUUAAUUAAAAGAUGUCUGUCAAUAGCGCCUCUGUAGUUAAUUAAAAAAAAUCACAGCUUUUAAAAUUCAAUCAAUACACAAACAGAGUCAAGGUUCGUUCCUCUUACAUUCAACCUGUUAUACAUUACAAAAGCAGGAGUGAGCGGGAGAGAGGGAGGUAUUUGCAAUCUGAUUGGCUGACUGAAGAAGAGUGUUGAGUUGUGUGUAUGUGUGUGUCUAGAGAGAGAGAGAGAGAGAAAGAGACAGAAGGGCAAGAGUAACAGAAGAAUGAAGGUCGACCAAGGAGGAGGAAAUGUAAUACUUGACUAAGACCAGCAGAGGACGACACACUUCAGUCUAACACAAGUCUGGACCGACAAUAUAAACAAACGGAAGGUGGAUGGAUGAACAGAUGGAUCAGAGAAGGAGGUGGACGUACCCUGCAGUGUGGAAGAAGACCAUUGGGAAUAGACCUUACUAAAGACCUUGACCUACAAAAACUGCACUGCAUUUUGCAUUGAUACAUUUGGCAGAUGCAGGUAUUCACAUUGCCUGGACUCAAACGAACAGCCUUGGCACUGUUGAGCAACAGGAAUAUUCACAUGGCCAGAAAAAACGAUAAAACUAGACAAACAAACCCAAGUGUUUCCCUACAGAUAGAAAAUGCUUUUUUUGACCUUCAAAAAUUGCGUUGGAUUUUGCAUUAAUGAUUUUGGGAUAUGCAGGUAUGUGCAUCCUCUGGAACCAAACGCACGACCUUGAGCUACAGGAGCAUUCCCAUGAAGCAAAAUAUAAGAAAAACACAGAUGCGUUCCUAUUGUUUGUUUACCGAUAAAACUGUACAGAAUAACACUCAUCCAUCUUGACCAACAAAAGAAUUAGCAUUUUGCAUUGAUGCAUUUGGAAGAUGCAAGUAUGUGUUCAAACGUUGUUGAGCUGCAGGAACAUAACCAGAAGAUAAGAUAACACGCAUUAAACACACCUACGUUUCAAGUGUUUGUCUGCCGAUAAAACUAUUAAGUGAUGCAUCUUGUCCGACAAAACCAUCGACAGAUGCGAGUAUGUGCUUUGCCUGGAAUCAGAUUCACAACCUUGGCGUUGCUGAUCCAUAGGAACAAUGCAAAAGCCAGUGAAUAAGCCAAACGCAAACACAGCAUUGCAUUUCGAACAUCUCGAACUACAAAAACCGCAUCGCAUAUUGGAUUAAAUUAGCAAAAAUUGCCCUUUAAACAUCUCGAACUACAAAAACCGCACUGCAAAUUUGCAUGAAUGCAUUUCGCUCAUACAACCACGUGCAUCGCACAACUGUUGAGCUACAGGAACAUUCACGAAAACAGAAAAUAGGAUAAGACACACACAAACACGCCUGCACUCCUAAUCUUCAUUUGCCAGUAAAAGCAUCAGAAAAUCACACAUUUUGAUUUACGAACCAUUUCUUCGCAUUUCGAACAUCUUGAACAAUAAAAACAUUACUGAUCUACAGGAACAUUAACAGAGCCAGAAAAACGAGACGGAAACCAACUUGAAUUCCUGGUGUUCAUCUACUGAUAAAACCACAGAGGGACGCAAAACCCAAAUGCAAACAAAAUGGCAUCUCAGAUAGCGUUGGCUGUGACGCUUUCCGUUCUCAUCCUGCUCACUGUCAGUGGAAAUAUUUUAGUUUGUCUGGCCGUGUACGCAACCAGGCGCCUACGUAACGUCACCAACUGCUUCAUCGUUUCGCUAGCGGUUACAGACUUUUUACUGGGCGCUCUCGUGCUGCCCUUUUCCACCCUUUACCAAGUUACAGGCGAGUGGCCACUGGGGGCGCACUUCUGCAACAUCUACAUCUCGCUGGACGUCAUGCUUUGCACCGCUUCCAUCCUCAACCUCUUUGCUAUCAGCUUGGACCGCUACUUUGCGGUCACUGCCCCGUUGCGUUAUCCAAUGCUGGUGCUUCCGUGGCGGGUUGGUGUGAUUUUAGCAACAAUCUGGCUGGUUUCGGUGGGCGUUUCAUUUCUGCCCAUCCACCUAGGCUGGAAUACGCGAGACUUGAGGGUACAAAAUAUUCGUGAGGGCGACCCUGCGAGAGACUGCCGGUUUGAGCUGAAUCCGACGUACGCGGUGGUCGACGCCUUCGCGACAUUUUAUCUCCCCCUGGCGGCCAUGUGCUGGAGCUACCACCGAGUUUUUCGCAUCGCGAGGGCACAGGCGAAACGGAUCAUUUCUACGCGCCGGGGUUCAUCGUCUUUACCGGGAGCGACGAUGCUCGCCCUCCGUGAGCACAAAGCCACGGUGACGCUUGCGGUAGUGCUCGGCGCUUUUGUGGUGUGCUGGUUCCCGUAUUUCACAUUUUUUACGAUAAUGGGGAUACGCAACGAAGACGACCCGGCGCGAACGGUGCAGUCGGUGGUGCUUUGGUUAGGAUACGCGAACUCCGCCCUAAACCCGGUACUUUACGCCACACUCAAUAGAGACUUCCGGUCGGCUUAUGCCAAGCUGCUCUGCGGAGGACGAGGGUGUAAAACGGCGACAAGAGUACCGGUGGCAACAAUGGAGGAGGGGCCAAUGGGUGGACACGCCCCUCUGACAAACAGGGUGGGGCUUCUGCCUAGAACUUGUGUGCUGCUGCAAGAGAUCGAAAAUGGGAAGGCAGUCAACACCAACACAAUAACUGGUGCUACAGUUACCAUCGUAACUAAUGGGAAUAAAAGGUAGUAGAAAUACAUGUUCAUUUACCCGUUGUAACAGAGAUCGAAGGAAUUUAAUAUGCUGUUGUUUUGUCUUGUCUUUGUAUUCGUUCAUUUAUUUAUCUGUCAGCAGCCCACAGAAAUUAAAAAUUUAAUUAAAUACACAUGUUAUUACAUGUUAAUUACAUACAUGCAAUUAAUUGUAAUUUAAUUGUAGCAAACGGCUUUUCUUUUUCCUUUUAAUGUCCUCUGGCGGCCAGUAAUAAAAUACUGAGGUAUCAGGA